AUGCCUUCAUGCCAGGGAUAUAGUUACUGUUUGACUAUGAUCGACCGAUUCGUACGCUGGCCGGAAGCUAUCCCUCUGAAGGAUGUCACAGCAAAUACAGUUGUCAACGCUUUCUUUUCUGGUUGGGUCAGCCGUUUUGGCGGACUACCAGCGUUACCAACACCUGUAACAAGCGCUAGAGGUGUUCAAUUUGAAUCAAGACUCUUUGAUGCUCUCACAAAACUACUUGGAUGCAGUCGCACACGAACGACAGCCUACCAUCCUGCAUCAAACGGCAUGAUUGAACGAUGGUAUCGGUCUUUGAAAUCAGCUUUCAUGUGUCAUGGUACAAACGAUUACACGAGCAUCCUCUCAGUCGUACUCUUAGGACUGCGAACCAGUGUGAAAGAAGACAUUAAAGCAAGUGCAGCAGAGAUGUUGGAUGGGACAACACUUCGAUUACCGGGAAAAUAUUUCAUCGAUGAAGAAGUAGGUCCAGAACCUCAAAUUUUUGUAGAAAAAUUCAGGGAAAUGAUGAGAAAUGUACGCUCAUCACCUACUGCGCAUCACAUUAAGUCUUGA